UAAUCACUGAAAUGGUUAGGUUGCAAUGCAUUCUAACACUGCCAGACCCUCCAAGUUCAAAUGGAUUGGACGUCUAGCGCCGUCAUUAGCCGCCAACGUAUAUUGAAAAAGGCUUGGAAUAGUGUAAAAAUGUCCCUGUUCGUCCUCCGUACUUUCGGGAGGGCUCCACCUCGGGGACGUGCCUCCAUCCGCACCAGUGUGCCCUCGUGCGCGCGCAUGCACGCACCAAAAGAUAUAAAUAAAUAAAUAAAAUCAGACGUGGGAGCCCCUCCCACUUCGCCAUUGGAGGCCCGUUCGAGGAUGUCUUCUACCCGGCUGUACUGCAUGAACGGCGGUCAUCACCUCCAGAUCCUGCCCGACGGAACGGUCUGCGGCCAGAGGGACGAAACGGACGUCCACGGUGACACUGGGUACCACAUAGCACAGAGGGUUCCAGAACAAAUUUUUCUUUUGCAACUGAAAGCUGUGGCUCCAGGUGUGGUGGUAAUCCAAGGGCGAGAAACGGGAACAUAUUUAGCCAUGAAUGAGGACGGCCGCUUGUACGCAUCGCCGUCUGUAAAUGACGAGUGUCACUUCCUGGAGAGGCUGGAGGAGAACCACUACAACACAUACCAGUCCCACAAGUAUCGGGAGAACAGCUGGUACGUGGCAUUGAAGAAAAAUGGGAAACCUAAGCUGGGGCCCCGGACGCACAUUGGACAAAAGGCUAUCUUCUUCCUCCCUCGACGGCUGACGCACUGAAGCGACAGCAUCUAUCCGUCGAGGUCUGCUCACCAAAGAUGGCCCUGUGACUGACUGGCGACCAGUCCAGGGUUUAUGCUGCCUUUUGCCCCAAAGCAGCUUUUGACAGGGCGGCAGCUUGUGUUCGUCGACUGCUUAUUCUAACAAAACUACUGCAAUCUGUUGAAUAUAGUGUCAAUUGCACCAUUCAGGAAGAUGUUUCCAGCACUUUUGAAAUAUUAAUAGUAUGGUUCAUCGGUCUAACACAUGCAUUCUCGUGUAUUCUUUAAAAACAUAUCAACUUAUUCAUAAUUAUUAUUAAAUAUAUAAUAGUUAGCAUAAUCACUUAGCAAAUGCUAAUUAGAUAGCUGCUAACAUAGACGCCAUAUACAUAUAGGCAUAUUUACAACAUGCUGAUAUAAAAUUAAACUUUAUUAUAACGCAUUUGAAACCCUAACCCUAGUUUGAAACCCUAAUUAUAAAUCCUAAACUGAAUUUUGGAACCCUAGUUCCGAACCGUAAUGCUAGGUUGAAAACCAAUUUAGAAACCCUUGCCUUAAUUCAACCCACUGCAAAAUUUUAAAACCUGAUCAAAUAAGCCCAAACCAUAAAUUUCAAACUGUAGUUUGGAACCCUAAUCCUAUUUUGAAACCCAAUUUAGAAACCUUAUCCAGGUUUGAGACGGUAAUUUGAAACCCUAAUGCAAUCUUGAAACCCUAAUUUGAAGACCUAAACUGGUUUCAAAUGCUAAUCUGAAACCCUAGUUUAAAACCCUACUUCGUAACUAAUACCCAAUUUAUAAACCCUAGCCCUGGUUUUGAAACGGUAAUGCUAAACAUUUAACACUGGCUUUAACCCACCAAUUUGAAAAUCUGAUUCUGGUUUUAAACGCUAAUAUGAAACCCUAACACUAGUUUGGAACACUAAUCCUAUUUUGAAACCCUAAUUUGAAGCCCUAAACCUGGUUUCAAAUGCUAAUCUGAAACCUUAGUGUAAAACCCUACUUCAAAAGUAAUAGCCAAUUUAUAAACCCUGGCCCUGGUUUUGAAACGGUAAUGCUAAACAUUUAACACUGGUUUUACACAGUAAUAUGAAACCCAAAUACUAGUUUGAAAUUCUAAUCCUAGUUUGAAACCCUAAUCCAAUUUUAAAGUCUUAACGCUGGUUUGAACCAAUUUGAAUAUUUUAUCGUGGUUUUAAACACUAAUAUAAAACCCUAACACUAGUUUGAAACCCUAAUUUGAUACCCUAACCAUAGUUUGAAACCGUAAUCCAAUUUUAAAGCCCUAACCCUGGUUUUAAAUGCUAAUAUGAAGUUUGAAACCCUAAUUUGAUAUUGUAACCCUAGUUUGAAACCCUAAUGCUAUUUUAAAGCCCUAACCCUGGUUUUAAACACCAGUUGGAAAACCUAAAUUGAAACCCUAAUUUUAAAACCCUAUUUCGAAAUAGUUACCCAAUUUACAAACACUAGUUUUGAAACUAAUUCUAAACAUCUAACGAUGGUUUUACAUGCUAAUUUGAUAACCUAACCCUAGUUUGAAACCGUAAUCAAAUUUUAAAGCCCUAACCCUGGUUUUAAAUGUUAAUAUGAAACCCUAAUACUAGUUUGAAACCCUAAUUUGAUAUCGUAACCCUAGUUUGAAACCCUAAUGCUAUUUUAAAGCCCUAACCCUGGUUUUAAACACCAAUUUGAAAACUUGAUUGUGGUUUUAAAUGCUAAUAUGAAACCUUAACACUAGUUUGAAACCCGAAUUUGAUAUCCUAACCCUAAUUUGAAUCCCUAAUCCUAUUUUAAAGCCCUAACUCUGGUUUUAAAUGUUAAUAUGAAACCCUAACACUAGUGUGAAACCCUAAUUUGAUACCCUAACCCUAAUUUGAAACCCUAAUCCUAUUUUAAAGCCCUAACCCUGGUUUUAAACACCAAUUUGAAAACCUAAGUCUGGUUUUAAAACGCUAAUUUCAAACCCUGACACUAGUUUGGAACCCUAAUCAUAUUUUGAAACCCUACUUCGAAACCCUACCAAGGUUUAAAACCGUAAUUUGAAACCCUAAUCCUAUUUUAAAGCCCUAACCCUGGUUUUAAACACCAAUUUGAUAACCUGAUUAUGGUUUUAAAUGCUAAUAUAAAACCCUAACACUAGUUUGGAACACUAAUCCUAUUUUGAAACUCUACUUAGAAACCCUACACAGGUUUAAAACGGUAAUUUGAAACCCUAAUUCUAUUUUGAAACCCUAAACCUGGUUUCAAAUGCUAAUCUAAAACCUUAGUUUAAAACCCUACUUCAAAAGUAAUACCCAAUUUAUAAACCAUAGCCCUGGUUUUGAAACAGUAAUGCUAAACAUUUAAGUCCUAACGCUGGUUUUAACCACCAAUUUGAAAACUUGAUCGUGGUUUUAAACACUAAUAUGAAAUUGAAACCCCAAUUUGAUACCCUAACCCUAGUUUGAAACCGUAAUUUGAUAUCGUAACCCUAGUUUGAAACCCUAAUGCUAUUUUAAAGCCCUAACCCUGGUUUUAAACACCAAUUUGAAAACCUGAUCCUGGUUUUAAACGCUAACGUGAAACCCUAACAUUAGUUUAAAACCAUAAUCCUACUUUAAAGACCUAACCCUGGUUUUAAACGCUAAUAUGAAACCCUAACACUAGUUUGAAACCCAAAUCCUAUUUUAAAGUCCUAACUCUGGUUUUAAACCCAAAUUUGAAACCCUAACACUAGUUUGGAACCCUAAUCCUAUUUUGAAAACCUACUUAGAAACCCUACCAAGGUUGGAAACCAUAAUUUGAAUCCCUAAUUUGAAGCCCUAAACCUGGAUUCAAAUACUAAAUUGAAACCCUAGUUUUAAAACCCUAUUUCGAAAUGAAUACCCAAUUUACAAACACUAGUUUUGAAACUAAUUCUAAACAUCUAACGAUGGUUUUAUGUGCUAAUUUGAUACCCUAACCCUAGUUUGAAACCGUAAUCCAAUUUUAAAGCUCUAACCCUGGUUUUAAAUGCUAAUAUGAAACCCUAAUACUAGUUUGAAACCCUAACUCGAUAUCGUAACCCUAGUUUGAAACCCUAAUGCUAUUUUAAAGCCCUAACCCUGGUUUAAAACACCAAUUUGAAAACCUGAUCCUGGUUUUAAACGCUAAUAUUCAAUUCAAUUCAAUAUGAAACCCUAAUCCUAUUUUGAAGCCCUAACCCUGGUUUUAAACACCAGUUUGAAAACCUAAAUCUGGUUUUAAACCCUAAUAUGAAACCCUAACACUAGUUUGGAACCCUAAUCCUAUUUUGAAACCCUACUUAGAAACGCUACCAAGGUUUGAAACCAUAAUUUGAAACCCUAAUCCUAAUUUUAAAGCCCUAACCCUGGUUUUAAAUGCUAAUAUGAAACCCUAAUACUAGUUUGAAACCCUAAUUUGAUAUCGUAACCCUAGUUUGAAACCCUAAUGCUAUUUUAAAGCCCUAACCCUGGUUUUAAACACCAAUUUGAAAACCUGAUCCUGGUUUUAAAUGCUAAUAUGAAACCCUAACACUAGUUUGAAACCCUAAUCCUAUUUUAAAGCCCUAACCCUGGUUUUAAACACCAAUUUGAAAACCUGAUCGUGGUUUUAAACGCUAAUAUGAAGCCCUAACCCUGGUUUUAAACGCUAAUAUGAAGCCCUAACUCUGGUUUUAAACACCAGUUUGAAAACCUAAAUCUGGUUUUAAACCCUAAUUUGAAACCCUAACACCAGUUUGAACCCUAAUCCUAUUUUGAAACCCUAAACCUGGAUUCAAAUACUAAAUUGAAACCCUAGUUUUAAAACCCUAUUUCGAAAUUAAUACCCAAUUUAUAAACACUAGUUUUGAGACUAAUUCUAAACAUCUAACGAUGGUUUUACAUGCUAAUAUGAAACCCAAAUCCUGUUUUGAAACCCUAAUCCUAUUUUAAAGCCCUAACCCUUGUUUUAAACACCAAUUUGAAACCCUAGUACUGAUUUUAAACACUAAUAUAAACCUUUACACUACUUUGAAACCCUAACCCUGGUUUUAACCGCUAAUUUGAAACCUUAAUCCUAACUUUAAAGACCAAUUUGAAAAACACCACUUGGUUUUCACCACUAGUUUUAAACCAUAAACCUGGUUUUCACUGCUAAUUUGAAACCCUAACCCUGGUUUUAACCCAAUUUGAAAGCCUAAUCCUAUUUUGAAGCCCUAACCGAAAUUUUGAACACCAAUUUGAUAUACUAAUCCUGGUUUGAAAUAUUUACUAAUAGUGCAGCAAUUUAACUGAAGUUGUGAACCAUUUAAGUAAUACGUUUACAGCACUUUUGAAAUGUUUAUAGUAUGGUACACCUGCAUCAACUCUAUCUAUGUAGCAUCCCCACUCAGCUCAAUGCUAAGCUGCUACUUGCUAACAAUGCCUCACUACUUGAAUAGCUAACACGACUAAUGAAACUUGUUAACAUUGUAAAAUGAUUUUUUUUUUAACGUGACAUUUUAAUGAACGUAUGUUUACUAACAUUAAAUAAAUUGGAAGGCCAACUUCUACUAAAAUUGGAGGAAUGUAGCUGAUUAUACUGUCAACUAGUGGCCUUUGUAGGAAUUGCAAUAAAAAAUGAAUUAUGAGUUUCAGUGUAAACUGAAUAAAUGAAUGGUAUAGUUGUCUAUCACUGGUUUAUGCAAACAAUACUAUCGUGAAGUUCUGUUUUUUGUGUGUAUUAAUAACUGUAUGAUGUAUUAAUAACUGACAUUUCAAAUAAAAAGUAUCUUUAUACCACAGUUUUGUAUU